CGAUUUAAGUCGGACGACGACUGCAAAACCGCCGACAGUCACUCGGACACUUCUCGCCGUUUGUCGCUUCUUUCUGCCUUUGACGUCACCACACCGGACAAACAAGAAGUCAGUCGUGUGGUGUUCAAAGUGACUUUUAAACACCGGCUCUCUGGUCAACGUUGGCAGUUUUGUUUUUUUUUAAAACUAAUUUGCCAUUAAAGUUCAAUUUUGAACUCUGCACCAUCUCCCAAAUGAUGUGUCAGCCGAUAUGUUGUGUCUGACAGCUCUCGCACUUACGACGACCUUCAUUGCAGUGCUGUCAUUUUGAUGGAGUGAGACGUGGCUUGGCUUUAUUUGGUUUACGCAACUGAGUGAUUCAGCAUUCUGCUUUGUUGCAUCCGCUGGCCGAUCGUCAUCGUCGUCAAAGUGCAAAAUGGAUGCCAUCGACACCUUACAGAGCUCCGCCCCGGAGACCAAGGCCGACCGGAUCGCCCGCUACAAAGCCGAGCGGAGGCGGGAGCUGGCGGAGCGCUAUGGCGCCCCUGACGAAUUCACCUCCAAGUAUGUCCGUGGUCGGGACAGGAAAAUUGUGGAUUCGUUUGAAACGAUGACCGAGGAGAAGGAACAAUGCGAGGAUAAUGGGUCAGAGCAAACGUACACCAGGAGAGGCCUGAAGAGUAAAGUUGAUAUCGACACUGAUAUCAAAGCAGAUUAUGGACUAGAGAAAAGCACUCUCGUUAAACGCGACACUCGUUUGACUUCUGAAACAGAAGUCAAGCCGGCCUUCAACGUGUCAUCCAAUAUUAGGCAUCUGGCAGCUGAUGAUGGAGAUGAGUCAAAGGUUGACCAGAAGACUUGGGACAAACUGAGUUAUACCGCCAAGAUGUCUCUUAAGGAUCAGGAGGAUGGCAGCGGUGAUCUUGGCGCCAACAGCAGAGUAAAAUGUCAGCCGGUCAACAGUGAUAACGAGGAAACUCCUAGCCGCAAAGAAAUGGAAGAGAGAGACACAAUAGAAGAAACAUUGAGGCAGCAAUGUGACGCACGAGAGGAAAUAAGGACUCCUUCGCUGCAGCGCCAAGACUCUGGGCCAAGAGGCAUCAAGGGAAUCCUGAAAAAGAGCCGCUCCACCAGCGUGGAGUCGGACCAAAGCGAUGGCUCGACGCACGAGUGCACGCCGCUCCGACAAAGCAGCGUCACGCUCAGUCACCCCGAGAGCGAAGACGCCGAGGACCUAGAGGAAGAUGUCGACGAGGAAAACGACGGAGACGACGAGUCGUUUCUGGACGACUUCACAGACGGAGGCGAGUUCGGCGUCCAGAGGAGGCGGAGCCAGCGCAGCAGCGGUAGCAGCUUUGAGGAGAUGCGCAGCGCCUCGCCGGACGAGAGCCUGGACAUGACCUCCUCUGUGUCCGAGGACACCGAGGAGAUGGACAGCUUGGACGGAAGCCAGGGUUCCUCCAUCAAACAGAGACUUUCAGAGUUCAGCAGUAGUGACAGCGAGAAGAGAGAAUGGACGAAGAAGCCCAAACCGUCGGAAGUAAUUCCGACAUCGUUGGCCAAUCGCUUCAACCAGCUCCACGAUGCCGAGAACGCCUGGAAGAAAAAGAUGUCGAGUGUGGAUGCGUCGCCGAAGAUGUCGCUGGCUGACAGGAUGAAGAUCCUCAAGGACAAGGAGGAGCAGUGGAAGAGUAAAGGCAAAGGAGCAGCCAACGAUUCCGUUCAGUUCACCGUAGCCGGACGCAUGGCCAAGAAAGGUCUAGUGUCAGACGCAGGGAAGGGAGAGUCCCGCCUUACCCCCAUGAAGAAGUCCAACGCCACGCCCGUGAAGCCUCUCGAAGAAAUCUCCAGUAGAACUGAUGUGAAGGUGGAAGGAGACAAAAGGCUUGACAAACUUGAGUCUUUCCUGGACAAACUUCACAGUAAAGGCGUGAGCAAGAGCAAGACGUCCACCAUCGAAGUGACGGCGGAGGCCGAGAAAGAAGUGAUGACCUUGGACGAUGACGAGACUUUCGGCAACUUCUACAAAUCCAUCUCGCCCUCAGCCCUCCAGGACGUGAUCGUGACCGAGGAGGACCUGAGCCAGAUCCAUGCCAACACACCCAAGCUCACCUCGGCCGUAGCCAAGCAUAAGCGUGCAGUGCGACCAAACCGGAGGAACCAGGGCUCCAGGAACCCUCUGAGAGCGCUGGCGGCACGCAAUGACAUCCGGCAGGUUUACACUGAACAGAGGCUCAACAUCGCCAAAGUGGAGACCAAGAGGAUCCAAGUGGAGCGCAUGGCCAAACACUCCAACCUGGCCGACGUGGCCUUGGCGGGCCUGGCCAGCAAGGAGAACUUCCGUAAAGUCAACUUACGCAGCGUCAAGUCGACCGAUGUGGUGACCAACAACAGCGCGUUGCCCUACAACAAGCUUAUGCUCAUCCGCAUCAAAGGUCGGAGGCAUGUGCAGGUGCGCCUAGUGGAGCCCACGUCCAAGUCCCUGAACAGCGGGGACUGCUUCCUUCUAAUCACGCCGAAGCAUUGUUUCAUGUGGAGCGGCGAGUUCGCCAACGUCAUUGAGAAAGCAAAGGCGGCAGAGAUGGCGUCCUUCGUCCAGGCCAAGCGGGACCUCGGCUGCAAAGCCUGCCAGGUGACGGUGCUGGAGGAGGGGAUCAACACUGAGAGCAAAUGGGCCAAGGAGUUCUGGACUCUCCUGGGAGGAAAGAGCCAAUAUCGAGGGGCAGGGGAGCCAGAGGAGGACGAGCUGUACGAGAGCGGCGUGUUGGACUCCAACGGGGUCUACAGACUCCAGGGAGACAAACUGGUGCCUCACGAAGACGCAUGGGCCUCCAUCCCGAGUGUCACCUUGCUUGAUUCUAAAGAGGUUUUGGUGUUCGACUUUGGCGGCGAGGUGUAUGUGUGGACCGGCAAGGACGUGCCUUUGGGAGACAGAAAGGUCGCAGUCAAACUGGGCAAACAGCUUUACAGUGGCAGCUACGACUACAGCAACUGCCGGGUCAACCCUUUAGAUGCUUCCUGCACGACUAGCGACGUGCCGCAGCAAGGCGAGGGCCGCCCAAGUUGGACUCUGUUUGGCCGCCUGUCGGAACACAAUGAGACGUCCCUGUUCAGAGAGAAGUUCCUGGACUGGGCUGAGAGGAGGAAGGAGGAGGCAGACGUAACCGAGGAAGUCAAGAGCCCGGUCCACUGCAGUGUCCGCUCCUCGCCCGAGCUGGACCUGCAGCCGUGCGACGCCAACACGCUGCUGGACAACGAGCCGCCGCCGGUCAGGACCGUUCUGGAGGGCGUGGACGUCCAGCGGGGCCACGGCGUGGUGAGGACGGAGGACGGCAGGCAGGCGGAGUUGUCGACGGUUGCUGUGGAUGCCUGGCAUAUUAAGGAGUACGGCGAGGAGGAGGUGCCCAAGGAGAGCCUUGGACAGCUCCACGAAAGAGAUGCUUACAUCAUCCGCUGGAAGUACUCCAUCACCACGCUUGUGGGGAAGCGACAGAAGCCCGGAGAGCUGAGUGCCGGCGUUCCGGGCAGGGAGAGGAGCGCUUGCUUUUUCUGGCAGGGCCUCCACUCCAGCGUCAGCGAGAAGGGAACCUCGGCGCUCAAGACGGUGGAGCUGGGCAGCUUCAGGGGCUCACAAGUGCUGGUGAGUCAGGGGAAAGAGCCUCCCUGCUUCCUCCAGCUGUUCCGAGGCGGUUUGAUCAUCCAUAAGGGCAGUCGAGAUGACGCAGUCAAAAAUUCAGGCGGUUGGAGGUUGUUCUGCAUUCGAGGCGAAGCAGAGUUGGAGGCCAUGCUGGUGGAGGUGGAGUGCCACGGCGCCAGCCUGCGCUCGCGAGGCGUACUUGUGCUGCUCCACGCUCGGGAAGGUCGUCUCUUCGUGUGGCACGGCUGUAAAGCUCAUGUCGGUGCCAGGCAGGUGGCCAAAAGGGCUGUGGAAAGACUGAGCCAAGGGUGUCCUUCCGAGUUGGAAUUGAGCAGCAGCAGCAGCCCUGUGAAAGUUGAGGAGGUAGAGGAAGGGAGUGAGCCCGCGGAAUUCAAGAAGGUUCUUGGCGUGCAUGACAGGAAGUCCUACGACUGCAUGCUUCAAGACCCCGGGAAGUACAAUUACACCCCCCGGCUGUUCCGGCUGAGUGCCAGUUCGGGCGUGUUCGAAGGGGAAGAGCACCUUUAUCCUGCCAGGGUGACGGAGGGAGUCAUGGCCAUGCCCUUCCUCCAGGAGAACCUCUACUUAGCACAGCAGCCCGCCCUGUUCCUGCUGGACAACCGCAUGGAGGUGUAUCUGUGGCAGGGCUGGCAGCCCGGAGAGGAGCAGUGUACGGGCUCGGCGAAGAUGCGCUGGGACAACGAGAGGAAGUGCGCCAUGGAAACUGCGCUGCAGUACUGUAAAGAAAAGAGCUCUCGACGCCCCCCUCAGGCUUAUCUAGUCAUGGCAGGCUGUGAGCCACUCACCUUUACCAACAUCUUCCCGUACUGGAACAAGGAUCCCGGCAUUGCCUCCAAGACUGAGGGUUCCAAGAACAAAGUGACCUUAGUGAAGGAGGUGCUGUCCAAGCUCCGAAAGCUACAAUACUCCAUCGAGGAGCUCACCGGGUCGCCCCUGCCCGACGGAGUGGACCCGCUCCGCCUGGAGGAUUAUCUCUCUGAUCAGGACUUCAAGAAACUUCUGGAGAUGAGUCGGGUUGAGUUCAAUGCCCUGCCCAACUGGAAGCAGAAGAACCUGAAGAAAAGCAAGGGUCUUUUUUAAAAACAAAAAAUUUUAAAUCUUUUUUUGUUUAGUUUUUUAAUUCUGAAAAAAAAAUCACCUCAUUUUGUAAAACAAGUGUACAAUUUUGUAUAGUAAUUUCUAAUGUUCAUUUUUAGCCAAUUAUGAUGUGCAAUUUUUAAUUAACCUUUGUGUUCCUUGUGCUAAACUAAUUUUGUUUGUGUCAUGCAAUAAUAUGUAAUAUAAUAUCAAUGUAUUGUUUUAAUCCAAUUAUUGUUGCUUCUGAUAUACAUGUGCAUAUACAUGUCCUUUAUUUUUGUCACCUGAGGCCUUGCAAAUAGCGGAUAUUGUUGCCCUUGUCAAAAAAAGACACGAUACACUUUUUUUUUUAAAACCUUUUUUUAAAUGUUUCAGUUGGCGAAUAGUUGAAUUUUUGUGAAUAAUCACGAGCACUGAACUGCUUGUUUGAGACCAAAUGAGACUUUUUUUUUAUUUUUAGCCUUACCAACAGUGUUUGUGUGAAAAUGUAUUAAAUGUGUGUGUUCUGUGUUUACUCGUCAUACAGCCUGAAAGCUCUUUAAACAUGUUACAUGACUUUUCUAACAACUGCCUUGUUCAUUUUUGUGAAAUAUGAUCCUUUUGUUUGUAUAAAAAAAAUAAGAUUG